AUGAAAUAUUAUAAUAUAGUAACGAGUAAUUUUCCUAAAGGAGAUUCCAUUUCUAACAAUACAAUCACAAGAAAAUACAGAAAUAAUUUUUUUAAAUAUUCGAAUGAUACAAUGGAGAAAAAAAAUUAUUUAAAUCUAAAGUUUUAUAGAUUCACCUUUUGUUUAUAUAAAUCGCACAGGAACAUACUUAUAGAAAUACAUUCCAAUAAGUACUAUUCAAGAAUAUUGAGUCAACAAUCAAGGAAUCAAGGUAGAAUGGGAAAUCAAAAUGGAAUAUAUCAAAGUGCACUCAUUUUUAAAGGUUUACGUGAAAGUUUUUCCAAUGAAAAAAGAAUGAUUCUUUUAGGUAUGAUUUUUGGUAUGAGGAAUGAAUUGAUGCUUUGUCCUUCAUUAUCAAUUUUUCCUCGUUCUUUAAAGCAUGACAUAUGGGGAAAAUGGACUGAUUAUUCAAAUACUAUUAUUAGUAUAAUUGAAAAAGAUGAAAGAGAGGAUUUUAACAAAGCAGAAAGGGAUGGAUAUUCAGUUAAUGAGUGUAUAAGAUUAACAAAAUUAUACAUAGCUAAAUGGUCUAAAACACGCUUACAAUUGAGUGAAUCGUAUUUUCUAUUUUUAAGAUAUGCCUUAGCUUUAUACAAAAAGACAUGGUCCUCAGAUCGUAAUUCACCAAGAGUUAGAAAUGGUGAGAAUAUAUUGUUUAAAGGUACAUUAGGAAUUCCAAAUACAGAAACUUUUAUACUUCCUAAUGGAAAACUAGUUAUGGUUACAGAUAAUUCUAUAAAUAUUACGGAAAACAAAAAAAACAUAUUUUAUAGCCCAACUGUUCAGGAAGAAUUACAUAAUUUAAGGAAAUCGUUACAAGUUAAGCAGGAAAUAUUAAACUAA